UUGGUGGAUGAGUGACAGUUGGAGUCGUUGAAAAAUUCCUGGAGAAUUAUAUAUUAAUUUAUAUAUGAUUUUUUAAAUUUUUUUUCACAUUUAUUAAACAUUCCUAGUCGCCUGGGGGUGCAUUAUUUUCUUCUUAAUUUAUUUUAAAUUAAAUUUAAUUAAUAUCUGAUCACCUGUUACCAAGAGCAGAACUGUGUUUCAAAGAUCAUGUAAAAUUGAAUGCAAAUGUGUAGUUACGCAAUAAGUUACCUAUCUGGAUUUAUGUCAGUGAAUUAAAAUGAAUGUUUCUAAACAAGACUAAUUAAUUAACUCAUUAAUAUUCUGUGUUUUGAUCUGUGAACAAAUAAAUUACCAAAAUGCUGGGCAUAUCGCAUAUAAAUACCCACUUAAGCAAAGGACAUAUCGAGGAGUCUACGCCGACGAAAUUUAAAGAUACAGUAAGCGAUUUAAUAAACCAAAUGCGGGAAAGUAAGAGGACCGCGAACUCGGCCGGUUCCCUCGGCAGCAUACCGCAGCACAUGGCCACCACUCCGUGCGAACUUACGCCUCAGUCAGGAAUGAAUGGCAUUAUUGGUGGUAGUCACGGAAAGUUGAACCAGAUGAGAAAUGGAAAAACUGAAUUAACUUUAAACAGUAUGUCUACUGGCAGAAUUCGUAGGAUGCCAUCUUCUGUUAGUUGUAAUUCAGGAUUAAAUGAAGCUACUAAGGAGAACGAUGUUACUAAAACACAAAGUGUGAAUAAUCUGACAUCACUCUGCGCUGAUAUAUCACCGAGCAGCUCUCAUUUCUUUGAGGUAUUGUACGUAGGUAAAAUAAAAGUUUCGCAUAAGAGAGUUCCUGAUAAUUUUAUAGAUGAAGCUCUCACCAAAUUUAGAGCCUAUGAAGCAGAAAAGGCGAGACUUAAACAGCUUUCAGGAGAUGGUAAUGAUAUUUUAAGGCGAGCAGGCAGUCGGGAUUCAUCUACCCUAUCGCUUGGUUCCAAUGAGAGUAUAACAACUCAGGCAUCUAAUCUCCUCACUUCUAAAUUGGUGUCACACUCCCAAGUUAUUUCUUCUACCGACGACGAAGCGGAUAGGGCUAAUAAUUCUGAUAGUGGCGGUGGAUGUUCUUCUGAUAAGGAAACUUUCAAAAAUGAGGACAGAGCUACUCUGAAAAAUGGACGGAUCAAAGGAACUCUUCAAAGAGGACAAAGUCAAGAUCUGAUCGUCACGAAGUCUUCGGGCUUGCUGGCACAAGACCCUAUAUCUAAUAACUAUACAAAACGCGCGCGAUCCGCUUCAAUUGGUUCAAUAACAACUCCUUCUCUUGGACAUUUAUCCCAAUUGUCCAAAUCAGGUCAUAUCAAUAACCAAAGUGAUCAACAAAAUAGAACCAUGGUUUUCCAGGUUGGAAGAACCGAUCUCAGGCUGAUCAGCCCAGAUAGAAAACAAAUUUUGCUUCACAAACAACUUAGGGAUGUUUCUGGAUGUGUACAGGGAAUAACGAACACUGAUCAUUUCGGAUUUAUCUGUCGGGAGCGACCUGAUGCUUGUUACAUCAGUUACAUAUUCAAAUGCCAAUCUGAAACAGUUACAGAUGACGUUGUCUUAGCUAUAUCACAAGCAUUUAUAGCUGGCGCAGACUUAUACAAAUCGAAAGAGAAGCUCAAUAACCAAAUAUAUAGUUGUGAACAUUGCCCAAUGACAUGGUACCAUAAACUUUGUCUGGAGUUGGAAGGGCUCUCUGAUAAAAAGGCGCAAAGCACAAUAUUCCGAAGGAUUGAGCAACAUUGGUCAAAUGAAGACCAGUCUAUUUUACUUGAGAAAUUUAAUGGUGCAGGCGAUAUUCAUGAACAAAGUAUCAAGGAGCAGAAUGUUUUUCUAAUGGCUCUGGUUAGAAUGCACUGCGAAACAAAACAACAUAAACACACGCACGAUACAGCAGAAAAUAGGACCGAGUUCAUAAAUCAAUACCUUGGUGGGAAUACUAUAUUUAUGAAGGCUAAACGUUCUUUGAGCAAUUCGUUCGAUCAUUUGUUGAAAAGAAAAGGUUCUAAGGAUGACUUUGCUGCUAGUAUUCGGGAAUUCAACUUAAGCAGGGAAGCGAAUAUGUUAGCAUCCACAAAGAUAGACGAAAAUUCUGAAACUCCUAAAUCUAACAAGCUUGGCGUAAAUUCGGCUACAAAAUUUAAUUAUAAGAAUUCUACGAAAUAUAUUGAUGAACAUGGUUUGACGCCUAAUAAAAAUUUUAAUUCGCCAGUUCAACUACAAUCACCGAUGAUGGACAUUUUCAUGAAAGUCGGAAAUACACCACGAGAAUCGGAAAUAAAAAAUGAAGAAUCGUGGCGUCAGGACAUUUUCAAUAAAGUGACUACGCCGAGGAAGAGAUUAGCAGAUCAAACUGAUCCAAAUUCCUAUAUAGAAGAUGAUGAACCAUAUCGUAAGAAAACAAAAGAAGAGCUAAGAGAUCUUUGGCAGAAGGCAAUUAAUCAAACCCUAUUAUUAGUGAGAAUGGAAAGAGAAAAUGCCAGGCUUAGAGCAAGACAAGAAGUUCAUGCCGUUAAGCGAAUUAAACUGGAAUACAAUGAAAUAGUAACAUGCGAAAAGGAAAUGUUAGAUUUUUGGGAGCGUCAAACCAUACAUAGUCUGGCUAAAGUUGAUCAAGAUAUGUUGAAAUCUUAUUGCAAACAAGGUAUUCCCAAAGCAAAACGCCGAGAAGUCUGGACUUUCUUGGCUGAGAGGCAAGCUCAAAAAUCUGGUGAAAUAGAUACUGAAAAGUUCCCAAAUUGUAAUAUGCCUUAUCAGAACUUGUUACAACAGCUAACCUCACAUCAACAUGCCAUACUUAUAGAUUUAGGGCGCACUUUUCCAAGUCAUGCAUAUUUUAGUUCAGCGCUUGGUCCAGGCCAACUUUCAUUAUUCAACAUUUUGAAAGCCUAUUCAUUACUAGAUCCUGAUGUUGGUUAUUGCCAAGGCUUGAGUUUUAUUGCUGGUGUUCUUUUGUUGCAUAUGGAGGAGUCAGAAGCUUUUUUCUUAUUGCGGCAUUUAAUGUUGGCCAGAAACAUGCGAGAAAAGUAUUUACCUACGAUGUCAAAUCUUCAGCUUCAACUUUACCAACUCUCUAGACUUCUGAAGGAUUGUCUUCCUCAAAUUCAUGAUAAAUUUAAUGAAUUUGAUAUUGCACCAACUCUAUAUGCCGCUCCUUGGAUUUUGACUGUAUUCAGCUCACAGUUUCCUUUGGGCUUUGUCACUAGAGUUUUUGAUUUGCUGUUUUUGGAGUCUUCAGAAGUUAUUUUCAAGUUUGCAAUUGCUCUUCUAAAAAUAAAUGCUGAUCAGUUAUUAAAUUGUGAAACAUUUGAAGAAAUAAUGGGUUGUUUGAAGAAUAAUUUACCAGAUCUAGAUGCUGCCGCUAUGGAUAAGAUAAUGCUAGAGGUGCUGAAUAUGAAUAUUUCACAACAAUUAUUAGAGUAUUCAGUAGAAUAUCAAGUUUUACAAGAAGAAAAUCACUGUGUCAGCAAACAAACAGAAACAAUUCGCAAAUUAGAAGAGGCUAACAGGCAUUUGCAAUCACGAUUAGAGAUUUCCAUUAUGAAUGAACAUACCUUGAAGAACCAACAACAAAUAUGGCAAUCGAGAGUGGAAAAUGAAAUAAAAUCUUUAGAAGACAAAGUACUGACUUUAAGCAAGUUCAUAUCUACUCAAGUUGAAUUGAAAUCUGAUUGUGAUUUUCCACCAGAAAUAAGACGAAUUAUGCAACAGAUAGAACAACGGGAAAAUCAAAAGAAAGAAAUAUCCUAUACUAAAAAAUCCAGCCCUCUUGUCAAAUCAAAAUCUAUGAAUUCUCAUUUAUGUGACAAAAGAUUAGAAUUGAAUUUGCCAUUAAGGUCGGUCGAUGAAAAUCAAGAGGUUGUUGAAUUGUAUAAUAAUAAUAACUCAACUAAAUCAUUUUGCAAUUCACCUUAUCAAAAAGAGAAUGAAGAUAUUAAAUCUUCUAAAAAUAUUAAUGUUAAUUUGAAAAUUGAGGAUAAGUUAUCAGUAGAUAGUGAUAGUGGCAUUUCCACACCACAAACUCCACUGGAUAUAAAGCAUGGAGAUAAAACUGAGAUUUUACAAAACGAAAGCAAAAUAAAUAAUUUAUCCCAUCCUUUGAGUAAUUGUGAUGUCAGUUUUACUUAUAAUGGCACAACCAAACUUAAAACUAUCAGACCCUUGCGUGCUAAUCUAUCCAGAACUAUCAGCACAGAUUUGCUUCCACAGAACAAUCCUUGCUAAUGUUAUCUAAAAAAUUGUAUUUUAUAUUUUAAUUAUCAGACUAAUUCUCAAAGUGUUGCAUAGGGAAUAAAAUUCUUAUAUUUUUGUGAGUAUGAAUGAUUUUAUUGCUGUGAUCAAUUAUUAUUCCUAAAUAUGUGAUCUGAUGUUGUUGAUGGCAUCGUAG